AUGUCUGGGGCUGAGGCAGCUGGCCCAGCUCUGGAGAUGGCCCAGUGCCGCCAGGCAGGGAAGGUCUCCCUCGCCCGUGAUAACGGGGACAAGGAAACCCUGUCCCCAACCUCCGCGUGGCUUCCACGGUUCUCCCGAAGUCCUGGGAACAAAGCAGAGGCUCUCUGCGCCGCGCAGAGCGAGAGCACGCUGCGUCUGUCCGCGUCCGUGUGUCUGUGCCGGCGUGUGCGGGAGGGCAGGGUCUUGGGACCUCUUGGAGGUCAGGCUGAAGGUCUCCGCGCAGGUCUGGCCAAGGGACUGGCCCAGACUGGGCAGUUUGAGGCGGACCCAGAGGUGCCAGCGGAUGGCGAUGAGGACCCUGUGCUGCCGCUGCAGCUGGACACCCCCAGCACUGGGCAGCUCAAAGCCCAGGCGCCGGGGAGCGCGGAGGAGCUGCGGUGCCUGCAGGUGAUCAAUCAGCAGCAGGAGGGCUCCAGCCUGGAGGAGCUGAUUGGCAACCAGUCCUGCCUCAAGCUGGCCAACACCAUCAAAGCCUACGUGGCCACGGUGACGGAGAACGUUAUCCGCAGGAGCGCGAUGAAGGAGGCCCGGCGGAGCUACUUCAACGCCUCGGAGGGGCAGGUUCCUCCCAAAACGGCCGGCAAGCCCUCGGCACAUCUCACCCUCCGCCCGCAGAGCCUGGCCCAGGACGGGAACUCCAAGCGCUUCGGGAACCUCUCCCAGUCCUGCCGCCACGCCAUCGCCCGCUGGGAAGACAGCACCAUCCACUCGCACCUGCAGAACAUCACCUACCGGGAUGGCCGGCUGCGGGUCAACCAGGCGGGCAAGUACUACGUCUACUCCCAGAUCUACUUCCGCUACCCCAGCGACGGGGCCAGCGCCCGCGUCUCCGUCCCCCAGCUCGUCCAGUGCAUCAACUGGAAGACCUCCUACAGCCAGCCCAUCCUCCUGCUCAAAGGGGUCGGCACCAAGUGCUGGGCGCCCGAAGCGGACUACGGGCUCCACGCUCUCUACCAGGGGGGACUGUUUGAGCUGAAGGCCGGCGAUGAGCUCUUUGUCUCCGUCUCCUCCUUGGCCAUCGACUACAACGACGCAGCAGCCAGCUACUUCGGGGCCUUCCGGCUGGACCUGUGACAGCCGCCUCCGCCUCCCCCCUUCCCGCUGCUCCUGC